AAGAUUUACAAAGAAUAUGUUUAGGGCAUUUACUCUAACUGGGACGUUUUGGGACCGAUUGGUGGGGAUUUGCUAUGGACAAAAUCCACACGGCGAUACCCUGGUAAGAGUAAAUGAUGUUUAACCAUGUAUCCAGCUCAUUUCGAUAGCUCACAUUAGUACCAAAACAAGUUCCUUCCUGAGACUAUUUUGCAGAGCCACCGUCUCUGCACAGCGCUGUGGAGUAAGAUCCGGCAAUGCAAGACUACAUCUGGGCUAACCAGAGAGGCGUUUGGGCUGACCAGAAUGACAGGGGGCACGUUUAAGCUGCCCUGCACUCUCCACCCAUGUGCACACCAAUGGCAGUUCCUGUUGCCCUUAAAAAGCCCAUACAGACAGACUGACACAAGUCAUCUGCAUGCCAUGGUGAAAACAGCGACAGCAGCAGCAGCCGCCGCCUGUGGUUGAGGGAGGCAGCUCCAAGUACAGGGGCGGGGAGGGGGGCGCAGCCGGAGCUCACAUUCAUUAACGACCACCGACACAACCGGGAAGCCUCCUCCGGUAGCAUCACGGCGUUCACCGACACACGACCGGGGAAGAUGGUCGCGGUGCACACGUCCCCGUCGGCGGAGUGGAUCUGCUGUCUGGAUAAAAGGCCCUCGGAGCGCUCGGGAGAGGAUGUGGACAUUAUUCUGACCAGAUUGAGAGAGGUCAAAGCCUUCCACAGGUUCCCACCUCCGCUCUUACUGCAGAUCUGUGCAUGUGCCUUCUAUGAAUGCCUGGAGAAAGGCAUCACGUUGUUUCGACAGGGGGACAUAGGCACCAGCUGGUAUGCAGUCCUGUCUGGUUCUCUGGAUGUCAAAGUGUCAGAAACUGCCAACCACCAGGAUGCAGUCACUAUCUGCACACUGGGGAUCGGGACAGCGUUCGGGGAGUCCAUCCUGGACAACACACCACGCCACGCUACCAUUGUCAGCAGAGAGACCAGCGAGCUGCUCCGUAUCGAGCAGAGGGAAUUCAAGAGCCUCUGGGAGAAGUAUCGUCAGAGCUUGGCUGGACUGUUGGCCCCUCCUUAUGGAGCUAUGGAGAGUGGAUCCAACAAUGACAGACUCGCAGACAAAGACAACAUGAACUCGGACUCUGCAAACAAAGCUCACAACAACAAGAUCUCUUCGGAGAAGCUGCAGAGAGCGGGGAAGGUUCUCCGCAACGUCAUCCUGUCCAGAGCCCCACACAUGAUCCGAGACAGGAAGUACCACCUCAAGACAUACAGACAAUGCUGUGUAGGCACAGAGCUGGUGGAUUGGUUGGUGCUGCAGAGUGCCUGUGUUCUCACACGCUCCCAUGCUGUUGGGAUGUGGCAGACACUACUAGAAGAAGGGGUGCUCAACCACGUGGACCAGGACCUGGGUUUCCAGGACAAGUACCUGUUCUACCGUUUUCUUGACGAUGAGGAUCAGGACACGCCGUUGCCUGGUGAGGAGGAGAAGAGGGAGAGUGAGGAAGAGCUGCCAGAGACCGUCCUGUUCCUCGCUCAGAUUGGCCCUGACGCACUGCUGCGCAUGAUCCUCAGGAAAUCGCCUGGUCAGAGGACAGGGGAUGACCUAGAGAUCAUCUAUGAUGAGCUGCUUCACAUCAAGGCCUUAGCUCACCUCUCCAACACUGUGAAGAGGGAACUGGCGAGCGUCGUGAUCUUCGAGUCACAUGCAAAAGCUGGAACAGUGUUGUUCAACCAAGGAGAGGAGGGCACAUCAUGGUACAUCAUCCAGAAGGGCUCUGUCAAUGUGGUUAUCUACGGCAAGGGUGUGGUGUGUACGCUCCACGAGGGUGACGACUUUGGGAAGUUGGCCCUGGUUACAGAUUCACCUCGUGCCGCCUCCAUCGUCCUGAGAGAGGACAACUGUCACUUCCUUCGUGUGGAUAAGGAAGACUUCAACAGGAUACUCAGGGAUGUGGAAGCCAACACAGUGCGUUUGAAAGAGCAUGAACAAGCUGUGCUGGUGUUAGAAAAGAGUCCUCGCGCCUCCACCCUGGGAAGCAUCAAGUACACUGUGAUAUCAGGAACGCCAGAGAAGAUUCUCGAGCACUUCCUGGAGGCCAUGAGGAUGGACAUACAUCACAGUGAACCAGACCCAGCAGUGGAUGAUUUUGUCCUCAUGCACAGUAUCUUCAUGCCCAACAGCCAGCUGUGCCCUCUACUCAUGGCACACUACCAUGCGGCGUCUCCGCCUGGCUCUGAACAGGAGAGGUUGGAGUAUGCGCUCAACAGUAAGAGGAGGGCCCUCAUUCUGGCCUUGCGCUGGGCUAAAACACAAACGUACCUGCUUCAGGAGGAGCCGUGUGCGAUCUCUUUCCUUGAGGAGUUGUAUGGCAGCUUAUCAAAUGAUUCUCGGGUGUUGAGAGCUUUGAAAGACUUUGUUCCUGACCUGGAGAAAGUCGUCAAAUUACAUUCGGAAGAAGCCAAAUCCAUAAAAAAGAAAACGCUAAUACGACAGUUCAGCAACGGAGAGGAAAGGCUGCAGAAAAAACAGCCCAUUAGGAAUCAUGAUGACAUCCUAUUGAAGGUGUACUGCGGUGAUCACACAUACACUACUAUCCGGGUUGCCGUGGCAGCAACGGGAAAAGACGUGAUCAGCGCUGUGGCUGACAAACUUGGCACCACUGAUGAGCUCGUGUUGGUCCACCUCAGCUCUGCAAGUGAAAAACAAAUCCUGAAGCCUAAUGACGUUUCAGUGUUUUCCACUCUGAGCAUCAACGGCCGAUUAUUCGCCUGUCCUCGAGACCAGCUCAACAGUCUGACUCCCCUUCCAGACCAGGAGGGUCCCUCUGCAGGCUCCAUGUCAACCUUUGAGCUGAUGAGCUCUAAAGACCUGGCUUACCAAAUGACCAUGUAUGACUGGGAGCUCUUCAGCUGUAUGCAUGAGCAUGAGCUGCUCUACCACACGUUUGGCCGGCAGAGCUUUAGAAGAACCACGGCUAAUCUGGACCUGUUUCUGCGGAGGUUCAACCAGGUUCAGCUGUGGGUGGUCACUGAGGUGUGCCUCUGCGGACAGCUCAGCAAGAGAGUCCAGCUCCUCAAGAAGUUCAUCAAGAUCGCUGCACACUGUCGGGAGUUUAAGAACCUGAAUUCAUUCUUUGCCAUCAUUAUGGGGAUGAGCAACCCUGCAGUCAGCAGACUGAGCCAGACGUGGGAGAAACUCCCCACCAAGUUUAAGAAGUUCUAUGCUGAGUUUGAGAGUAUGAUGGACCCAUCAAGAAACCACCGGUCCUACCGGCUCACUGUCACCAAACUGGAGCCGCCAAUCAUCCCCUUCAUGCCCCUCCUUCUCAAAGACAUGACAUUUACACAUGAGGGCAACAAGACCUUCAUUGACAAUAUGGUCAAUUUUGAGAAAAUGCGUAUUAUAGCGAACACAAUUCGGCAAGUGAGGCACUGCAGAAGCCAACCAUUCAAUCCCGAGAUAUGCCAACCCAACAAAAACCAAGCGGAUGUACGGGGUUACGUUAGGAAGCUCUGCGUGAUCGACAACCAGAGGGCACUGACGCAGCUCUCCUACAGGAUGGAGCCUCGGCGGACAUGAGCUCCAGAUCUGCCACCGCCAUCGCCUUUUCUAUGACAACGUUUUGGUUUCUUCUCUCCGUCAAUCGGUUCUGCUGACUGACAACAUCCACUCCGGCCCUGUGGAGGAAACUACCCCGCCUCUCU